UGGCUCGAUUACACUUCAAGUUCUGGUGCAGUGCAACAGACACAACAAAUACAGCAGCACCGUGAGGGUAUAAAAUGUCCCUGAGGGCGGAGAAGCUGCGCUCGCCGCUGGCGGUGAAGUUCGUGUCUAGUGUACGCGGGCCUCUGAGGGAGGAUCACGUCCGCGUCCGUCCCCCGGGCUGCGUGCUGCCGGCCAGGUACAUGCGGGACGCCCGCAGGAUCCUCGACCUGGAGGUCCGGCCGGACGACGUGUGGAUCGUCACGCUGCCCAAGUGCGGAACUACGUGGAGCCAGGAAAUGGUCUGGUUACUCAUGAAUGACUGCGACUUGGAGAAGGCGAAGCAGACACCGCUUACUGAAAGAUUUCCGUUCCUAGAAAUAACAUCAGUUACGCCUAACUUAAGUGUAAAAGUGCCCCACUCGAUAGACCAAGUUCAAAGUAUGAAGUCACCGAGACUGAUCAAGAGUCACUUACCAUUGGAACUGCUGCCGAGGCAGAUCAGAACUGUCAAGCCCAGGAUAAUGUACAUGAUGAGGAACCUGAAGGACAUGAUAGUGUCCUACUAUCACCACUACCAGCUGUGGGGUGAGUGCCACCUCACCCUGGACGAGUUUGCUGAGUGCUUCAUGGAAGACAUACCCAUGUACCUUCCGUACUGGGAACACGUGAUUCCUUUCUGGAACAUGCGCCAGGAGCCACAUGUCCUGUUCUACAGCUACGAGGAAAUGAAAGAGGACUUGGCAACGGUGGUACGUAGAAUGGCUGCCUUUUUGGGGAAGCCGAUCGCAGAGGAGAUGGUGGCCAAGUUGGUCGACCAUCUGAGCUUUGACAGCAUGCGAGACAACCCUGCCGUCAACAACAGCUCCGCUGUGGAGCACAUCCGCAAGGAGCACCAGCUGGAGCCAGCUGCCUCCACAGGGAGGUCCUUCAUGAGGCGCGGUGUCGUUGGCGAGGGCGGGCAGCGCCUCUCCGAGGGCGUCCAGCGACGCCUGGAACGCUGGACCGAGGAGCGCCUCCAGGGCCGUGGCUACACGGGGCCCCGCUGACUGCUGGGCUGUCACCCGCUUCUCUCCAGGAGCAUCUGGAGCGCUGGGCACUCCGCCAUUUAAAGGGUACCGACAGGGCGACAGCUUCCGACGACGAAGCUUUCACUUUCCUCGGAGAUGAUUUCCGCAAGGAAGAAGUGUGUGACAGUAAAAUAUAAUUUAAAAAAAUUAAAUUUAUCAAGGAAAAGCUUAUGG